AUGGAGUUUUGGGGUGCCGAGGUUAAGGUUGGCGAAUCUCUCAAGGUUGAUCCACAACAAUUUGAAGCUUGCAUUCACCUUUCUCAGGCUGCACUUGGUGAAACUAAGAAAGACAAAGCCAAUGAGCCUGUUUUUCUUUACUUGAAAGUUGGUGACCAGAAGUUUGUUUUCGGAACCCUUAACAGAGAGAAAAUUCCUCAGACAACUCUUGAUUUGGUUCUGGACAAGGAAUUUGAGCUUUCUCACAGUUCCAAAACUUCUAGUGUCCAUUUCUGUGGAUACAAAUCUUACUACCCUUAUGAUGAUGUUGAGGGAGAUGAUUAUUCUGAUAGUGAUGAGGAGGAAAUUCCUUUGGCUCAACCCAUAGAAAAUGGGAAAACAGAAACAAAGGCUGAGGACCAGAAAGUUUCUGAAGCUAAGAAAGCUACUGCCAAGAGUGGUACACCUGCCAAGGCUGAUCAACCUGCUAAGAGUGGUCCAUCUGGAAAACAAGUGAAAGUUGUUGAUCCAAAGGAGGAAAAUGAUGAUGAUUCUGAUGAUGAGUCUGAUGAUGAUCUUGAUAGCUCUGAUGAAGAGAUGGACGAUGUUGAUAGUGAAGAUGAGGAUGAGAGUGAUGAAGAAGAUGAAGAGACUCCUGUGAAGAAGGUGGACCAGGGGAAGAAGAGGGCUAAUGAAUCUGCAUCUAAAACCCCUGUUCCUUCCAAGAAGUCAAAAAAUGCCACUCCUGAGAAAACUGAUGGUAAGAAAGUUGUGCACACAGCAACCCCUCACCCCAAGAAAGGUGCAAAGACUCCAAGCACUGAAGCCAAAUCUCCCAAGUCUGCAGGAAAUCUCUCUUGCGGUAGCUGCAGCAAGACAUUCACCUCUGACAGUGCACUUAGUCAGCAUAGCAAGGCCAAACAUGGUGCUCAGUAA